UAGAUAAUAGCAGCGAAUUUUCAAAAGCCCACCAUGGCAUUAAGAUAUGUAACACAAUCCCUCAGCAAAACAAUAUUCAAACGAUCCAUUGACUCCACUGCAGCUUUGCAGCUGCGGGCAUUAAGUCAUUAUCCGAUAAAUGACAGACUUUAUGGACUAAGUGAGGAACAACUAAAAUUGCGAGAAACAGCAUUUAACUUCUUUCAGAAAGAAUUAGCCCCAUUUGCAAAGGAAAUCGAUAAAAAUGAUAAUUUCAAGGAUUUACGUUCAUUUUGGAAGAAAAUGGGAGAUCUUGGUUUUCUGGGAAUAACAGCUGAACCUGAGUAUGGUGGUACUGGUGGUGGCUUUUUAGAUCAUUGUAUUAUAAUGGAAGAAAUUUCAAGAGCUGCUGGAGGAAUUGCUUUAUCUUAUGGUGCACAUUCUAAUCUGUGUAUAAAUCAGUUGAAGAAAAAUGGUACAACUGAACAAAAGGAAAAGUAUUUGCCAAAGUUGUGUAGUGGAGAGCAUAUUGGAGGAUUAGCAAUGUCUGAACCUAACUCUGGUUCUGAUGUGGUAUCUAUGAAAUUGCGUGCAGAGCGUAAAGGUGACUACUACGUUAUCAAUGGUACAAAAUUUUGGAUAACUAAUGGGUCUGAUGCUGAUACGCUGAUAGUGUAUGCUAAAACUGGUAAUGGUGUUGCUGAUAAACAUGCUAUUACCGCUUUUAUUAUAGAAACUGCUUGGGAGGGAUUUAGUGUUGCACAAAAAUUAGAUAAACUUGGAAUGCGUGGAAGCAGUACUUGCGAAUUGGUGUUUCAAGACUUAAAAGUACCAGCUAAAAAUGUUCUUGGUGAGUUAAACAAAGGUGUUUAUGUUUUGAUGUCGGGCUUGGACUUGGAACGUUUGGUGCUAGCUGCGGGUCCGGUUGGUCUUAUGCAAGCCGCGUGUGAUAAUGCGUUUGAGUAUGCACAUCAACGUAAACAAAAAAAUCAAUUAAUUGGUGAAUUCCAAUUGAUACAGGGCAAAAUGGCUGAUAUGUACACAACAUUGAGUGCAUGCCGUUCGUAUUUAUAUAGUGUCGCAAAGGCUUGUGAUGCAGGAUAUGUUAGUUCUAAAGACUGCGCUGGAACCAUUUUGUACUGCGCAGAAAAGGCUACCCAAGUGGCACUUGACUCCAUACAAAUUUUAGGGGGUAAUGGUUAUAUAAAUGAUUAUCCCACCGGACGUAUAAUGCGCGAUGCUAAGUUAUAUGAAAUUGGUGCUGGAACUUCAGAAAUUCGGCGUUGGUUGAUUGGUCGUCAACUUAACAAGGAGUAUCAAUAAAGAAUAUAUAGAAUAUUUUAAUAUUUGACAUGAAAAGAUUUUCUCGAUAUAUGUUUUAUAAAUUGACUCUAGAAAAAAUAGUAAAAAAAUGUACAUAGAAAAGAUGUCCUCUGUAUAUGUUAUAUACAUAUUUGUAUAUAUAUUUUGAAAUUUGUAUAACUGAUUAAUUAACCUUGUGGAAUUUAUCAAGACGAUAGACUUAUUGUUGCAUUUAUUUUAUCGUAUAUGUGUAAUAUGUAAUAUUGCUUAUUAUGCUUGCAUUUUAAAUAAUUUUAUGUUUUUGUUGACAAUUAAAUUUAAUAUUGUAUAUAUAAAAAAUAAAAAACUUUAUUGAUGCCACUUUAUCAA